UGAGUCUUAGAGUGAGUCAGUAGGUCUGUCAGUCAGGGGUUAAAGUCUACGUGGUGAGGAGUGGAAUCAUUCUGAUUGUGCAUCUAUCACCAUGGUUGAGACCCGUAAAGGGACGAUUACGACCCCCUAUACUGCUGAGCAGCAAGAGAAAAUGGCCGCCUUAGUGAGAGAAAAUAAGGAGAGAAAAGAGCGUGAAAAGCAGGCGAAGUUAAAGGCGAUUGCAGAUGAACAGGCGGCGAAAAUGAAAGAGAUCAAGGAGGAGAUGGAGAGAAAGAAGAAGGCUGCUGAAGAAGAAGCGGCAGCAGAAGAAGAGAAGCAGAGGAUGAGAAUUGAGAGUGGGGAAGGAAGCAGCGGUGGCACGAUGCAGAAGGACACAGAUGCAGAGAUUGAGAGGAAGAUAACUGAGUGGGUUGCUAACUUAUCGUUAGGCGAAGAUGAGGAGGCACAGAUGUAUGUGCCACAGGAAGAGAAGGAGGCGUUUGCCAGGGCCCUUGAAGUCAUUAAGGACCCCCUUCAACGUCAAGAGGCUGAGGAGGAGAAGAGACUGGAGUGGAAGUUGAGGAUGAAGAGGGAGCAGAAAAGGAGAAGGGAGGAAGCUAACCGGUUGACCGCAGAGGUAGAAAAGGUGCGGACGUGUAGACAGGAAGUCCAGGCACAGGCAGAUGUUUCUGCCAAGAUGGAUAAGGUAUUGGGGUACUUGGAAGUCUUGAGUGAGGCCUGGUUAGAGGAACGGCACGCCAAUCAGGGUCAGGACAUCACCCUGAAGGCCAUGCGGUCAGGUUUCAGAGAGUUUGCGCGCGAGAUCGUCACCCACAUUGGGGGCGAAGUCAGGCAACUGAGAGAGAAUGUAGGAAAAUACUGCGAAGGCGCCAUUGAGGGCCCCAAGGCCAUAGCUGCUGUAGAGGGCGAAGGUAGACCCUGUAAAGAGCCUGUAAAGCUCAAGUUCCCAGAUGCGUACGGGGGUAAGAAGGAGGAGAUCUUUGACAACAAGGAGGCCAGUGUCAACAACUAUAUCUAUUUGCAGCACAUCCUGACAGAAGAGCAAGUCCUCGUGGCCUUCCAGGCCCUCAAGGACGAAGCAGCUAGCUUUGCUAGAUCUCUUGCGCGUGCGGCCGGUUGCGAAAACAACCUGGUCGCAUAUUCCAAAGUCACCCCCCUUCCUCAAUUCCUCAAGCUCCUCAAGGAGCGAUUUGCUGACCCAACGCGAGGCGUUAGAGCCUCAGACAAGUUGCAGACAAUCCACUCACGGCAGUGGAGGAGUGCCAAGGCACUCAAGGGUACAAUGGACGACUUGGUAGCCGUCCCGGACCAUGGGGUCACUGAGCCCCAGUUGGUCCAGUUGUUUUAUCAUGCCAUGCCAGAGGCCCUACGCGGGCAUUUCUUUGACAAAUCUCAACAGGCCGGCAUCACUUACGAUGCAUUGAGUAGAGAAGUCGUCCUGUAUGAGUCGAAGUCUAUGCCAGUUACCACUUUCUGGCACAAAGACUUGGAGAAGGGGAAAAAGUGGAAGGACCGCACCAUGUCAUGCCAAGUUAAGGCCAAGGAUCAUUUGAUCCUAACAUUAGAGGAAGGUGGUACGGACGAGGUCCCAUAUGAACAGAUUGAGUGGGGCCUAGGGGAAGAGGACAGUGGUGUGGGACAGGGGAGGUCUUAUGCUGCUGUGGCGUCUAGAGGGAGGCCGCAAGGUAGAGGAGGAGGCCAGGGCCAAAGGGGCCAGGCCAUGGGAGGCCGAGGACCGGGCGCACAGGGGGUUGGCGGCCAAGGAAACCGCUAAGCGGGAGGUAGGGGUCAAGGUCCCCCGCCAAAUCGCCAGGGUUUAAAUCGGUUCCCACAGC